GCUGUGACACUGAAGAGCAGAAGCAGGUGCCCAGUGAGGUUCAGUGCAGGGCUCUGCAAAAACCUGCCAUCACUGAUCCGAGAGGGAAGGAAACACCACUGGAGACGCCAUGCGUGAGUGCAUCUCUGUUCAUGUUGGCCAGGCAGGAGUUCAGAUAGGAAAUGCAUGUUGGGAACUCUUCUGCCUGGAGCACGGCAUUCAGCCAGAUGGCACCUUCAAGGAUCAGCACAACCAGCUUAACUACGAUGACUCUUUUACCACAUUUUUCAAUGAAACUCUCACUGGGAAGCAUGUGCCACGAGCUGUAAUAGUGGACUUGGAACCAAGUGUUGUAGACGAAGUGCGGGCUGGCACCUUCAGGCAACUUUUUCAUCCAGAACAGCUGAUCACUGGGAAGGAAGAUGCGGCUAAUAACUAUGCUCGUGGCCACUACACUGUUGGCAAAGAAAGCAUUGAUACAGUGAUCGAUCAUGUUCGUAAGCUGGCUGAUGCCUGUUCUGGACUGCAGGGAUUCCUCAUCUUCCACAGCUUUGGAGGAGGCACUGGCUCAGGGUUUACAUCUCUGCUGAUGGAGCGCCUGUCUGUGGACUAUGGGAAAAAGUCUAAAUUGGAAUUUGCCAUCUACCCUGCACCACAGGUCUCAACAGCUGUUGUUGAGCCGUACAACUCCAUCCUGACCACCCACACCACUCUGGAGCAUUCAGACUGUGCCUUCAUGGUGGACAAUGAGGCCAUCUAUGACAUUUGCUGUAGGAAUCUGGACAUUGAACUCCCCACCUACACUAACCUCAAUCGCCUCAUUGGUCAGAUUGUGUCUUCCAUUACUGCUUCCCUCAGAUUUGAUGGUGCCUUGAAUGUUGACCUGACUGAAUUCCAGACGAACCUGGUGCCCUACCCACGGAUACACUUCCCCCUCACCACCUAUGCACCCAUCAUCUCAGCAGAGAGGGCAUAUCACGAGCAGCUUUCGGUGGCUGAAAUCACCAGCUCCUGCUUUGAGCCCAACAACCAGAUGGUGAAGUGUGACCCGCGGCAUGGGAAGUACAUGGCUUGCUGCAUGCUCUAUCGUGGUGAUGUAGUUCCCAAAGAUGUCAACGUAGCAAUUGCUGCCAUCAAGACCAAGAGAAAUAUCCAAUUUGUUGACUGGUGUCCGACAGGCUUCAAGGUUGGGAUCAACUAUCAGCCUCCUACAGUAGUUCCUGGGGGAGACCUAGCCCAGGUUCAGCGAGCAGUCUGCAUGCUCAGCAACACCACAGCCAUUGCAGAGGCCUGGGCAAGGCUUGACCACAAGUUUGAUCUUAUGUACGCCAAGAGAGCCUUUGUGCAUUGGUAUGUAAGUGAAGGCAUGGAGGAAGGAGAAUUUGCAGAGGCUCGAGAGGACCUGGCAGCCCUGGAGAAGGACUAUGAGGAAGUUGGAACCGACUCAUUUGAAGAUGAAAAUGAUGAAGAGUAAUUUGUUCCUAGUGAGCACAGAA